ACCCAGUUGUAACUUAAUGCAUGUGCAGUGUACACUCCCAACCCCCUUCACUUUAGGAACCUCUCUCUUUCUCUCUUUGUUCUAACUUCCCACUUCCCAGCUACUGGCUGCUGAUGGAAGGAGACACAUAAUUUCCACUCCUCAACUUGCUAUCUACACUUUCUCUCUUUCUUUUUCUUCAAUAAUAAUUUUAGUCACAAUAUUAGUAUUUAAGGAGCUAAAUAGCAAUGGCUGCAAUAACCACAAAAGAACAACAAGUAGUAGUAAACUAUAUGAGUGAAGAGUUGCAAACGAUUUUUCUGUCCAACUUGGAUGAGGCACCCGCUAGACGGCGUGCUCGUGAGGCUUUUAAGGAUAUUCAACUUGCCAUUGAUCAUUGCUUGUUUCGGUUAUCAUCAGAUGGGGUGAAGACGAAAGAGGUUUAUGAAGUGAACUCCAGAGGAUUAAAAAUAUUCUCUAAAAGUUGGCUUCCAGAAAGUUCUCAUUUGAAAGCAAUCAUUUGUUACUGUCAUGGUUAUGCAGAUACUUGCACAUUUUACUUUGAAGGAGUUGCAAGGAAGUUAGCAUCAUCUGGAUAUGGAGUAUUUGCAUUGGAUUACCCUGGAUUUGGCCUUUCUGAUGGUCUUCAUGGUUAUAUUCCUAGCUUUGAAAGUCUAGUGAAUGAUGUCAUCGAGCAUUUCUCAAAAAUUAAGGAACAAAAGAAAUAUCAAGAUGUACCAAGCUUCUUGUUGGGUGAAUCAAUGGGUGGAGCCAUUGCUUUGAAUAUUCACUUCAAACAACCUGCUGCAUGGAAUGGUGCUGCUCUUAUUGCACCUUUGUGCAAGUUUGCGGAGGAUAUGAUUCCACAUUGGUUGGUGAAGCAGAUACUAAUUGGUGUAGCAAAAGUUCUUCCUAAAACUAAGUUAGUUCCACAAAAGGAAGAGGUUAAAGAUAAUAUAUUUAGAGAUGUGAACAAGAGAAAACUGGCACCCUAUAACGUGUUACUCUACAAGGAUAAACCAAGACUGGGAACUGCAUUGGAGCUGUUGAAAGCCACACAGGAGCUAGAACAGCGUUUGGAAGAAGUUUCUCUGCCAUUGUUGAUCAUGCAUGGAGAGGCUGAUAUAAUUACUGAUCCAUCAGCUAGUAAGGCUUUGUAUGAGAAAGCUAAAGUGAAGGACAAGAAACUCUGCCUCUAUAAGGAUGCUUUCCAUACUCUACUUGAAGGUGAACCUGAUGAAACUAUAUUUCACGUGCUUGGUGAUAUUAUAUCUUGGCUUGAUGAGCAUAGCAGCAGAAAAAACAAAUAUUAAGCACCUUGUUGGUAUAUUGGUUCGCCACAAAAGUAGGCAUUAAUUUCAGUUUAUGUGUUCAUGUUUUAUUAGGGGAACUGGUAUGGUAAAUGAAGUUAGAUAAAACAAUGAAAUUUCUACUUUAAUGUUCAAUGCUUGAAUAGCAAUUUACAGACGCGUGGUUGCUGCCUCAAAAAAAAAAAAAAAGUUGUAUGGUUGCUUGUAUUUUUUCUUUUUCAAAUAGAAGCUUCCACAAAAAAUGGUUUC